AAAUACAUCACAUUCACCAGCCUCAUUCCAGCCACACUUUCUCUUCACAACCUCAUCCUCAUCCUCAUCCUCACCCAAGUUCCAACUCCCAUUUUCUACGGACACACACAACCCUCACUCACACACCCCAUCCCACACUACGUCAUCGCAAUGGGUCUCCCCAUCAAACUAGGCGUCCCCGUCGUCCCGGAAGACGAACCUACAAAGACACAACCAGCUCAGUCGAGCACCACGGAAACAGUCGGACAGAGCCAGCACCAACACACGGGCCAAGCUACCGGCGCCGGCGCAAACACGGGAGCCGGCACGACCCGCCCCAAGACGGAAGCCGAGCUCGAGGCCGACCGGCUCUACGAGGAGGCCAUGGAGGAGGAAUACGCCAAGAGGGACGGCGGCUCAUAACCAAGUAUAGACAAUGAACCCAGAAAGAUCAUGUCUACGAAGAAGACAUUCGGUAUGAACUUGUCAAAAACAAAAUGCAAUUAUUCAUAAUGGGUAUCUAUGCCCA